AUGGAGAAUACGACACGGAACGAUGGCCUUUCCAAGAAACUCCGCGUCUGCACCACCUGCUACUGCCCGACAGCGCGCCGCCGCACGGCGACGGCUGUGCACAGCGACACGCUCUCGGACGAGGCCAGCAGCGUAUUCGCCAUGGGCGGUCCCAUCGCGCUGGACGACGACGACGACAAGCCGCGCGCGAUCCAGCUGUACCAUCCCAGCGAAAUGCGCCAGAGUGCAAUGGCGCAGCCCACCACGACCGACGACGACGACGAGUGGGGCUUUACUCGCACCACCGCCCUCUCGGUACUCGAGUCGCGAUCUUCGUUCAGCUCAUACGCACCAUCCGCCGCCGCCGGCGACAGCACGCGCGGGCAGUAUGGCUACCACUAG